GGCCAGCAGAUUCUCUGUCUUGAGCACUUGCGUUAUUGACAGUUGACCGACGUCUCCACCCACCAACCCAACGCGAUACCAUCUCCGACGACCAGAAAAGAUAUCGAACCCUAAUAUUGACACGUCCAAUGCCGCGUAACGUCAUUUCCUAAACCCCCCUUCCCCCCAACAAGGCCAAUCACACCGGCGCCUCGAUGGCUGGCAGACCUCCGUAUGGAGGAUCCUCCCGCCAAGAUGACCUCCUCCUCGAUCUCGACGACCAGCCUGUCUAUGGCGGAGGGCAGCGCUCAGCCCUGACCGAUGACGACCUCCUCCGCUCCAGCGCCUAUGAUCACGAUGGCGCUCAACAGCAACAAGAACAACAACAACAACAACCACCCCGGCCCUCUGUCUCCUACGAUGACUUCCUCGGCGCAGGCCACCCCCAGACGACCGUUCACUCUUCCAAUCUAACGUCCCCACACACGGCGACACCGGGCACGGGCAGCGCAGGCGUAGCCCAUGCAUCAGGGGGCCCCUACUACGCCGAUAAUGUGGGUGGAGCCAGGCAAUACUCCCAGACCUCAGAACUCGACAACUACCAGCGGUAUGCCGACGACUACUCGGACGACUACCCGGAAGACGGAAACUCGUACUACCAGCAUGGAGGAGGUCCGCCCGGCAUGACGCAGCACGGCGGUUACGGAGCAGACGCGCGACACAACGCCAGGAACAGGAACAGCAUAUUAGGUAUGGGCGGCGGUCUCCUGGGCAGGGCCAAGAACAUGCUGGGCAUGGGCGAGGGCUACUCCGAGAUGGACCUGCCGUUGACGGAGCCUGGAUCAUCGUCGUCGCACCAGCACCCAGAUGCGCAGCAGGGCGCAGCGGCAGGCGGCGGCGGUGCUGGUGGGAAGAAGUUCGACGUGGGCAACUUCAAGUUUGGCUUCGGCCGCGGCAAGCCUGACCCUUCGACCCUGGGACCGCGCAUCAUCCACCUGAACAACCCGCCCGCCAACCAGGCCAACAAGUAUGUCGACAACCAGGUCUCGACGGCCAAGUACAACGUCGCGACCUUCCUCCCCAAGUUCCUCCUCGAGCAGUUCUCCAAAUACGCAAACAUCUUCUUCCUCUUCACCUCGGCGCUGCAGCAGAUACCCAACCUCUCCCCUACGAACCCUUACACGACCAUUGGGCCCCUCGGCGUGGUGUUGUUGAUCUCGGCGGGCAAGGAGCUGGUGGAGGACUACCGCCGGAAGCAGGCGGACAAGGCCCUGAACAUGUCCAAGGCGCGGGUGCUCAGGGGCUCCAACUUUAACGACGCGAAAUGGGUCAACGUGGCCGUGGGCGACAUCGUGCGGGUCGAGUCGGAAGAGUCCUUCCCGGCAGAUCUGGUCCUACUCGCAAGUUCCGAGCCCGAGGGUCUCUGCUACAUUGAGACUGCCAAUCUGGACGGCGAGACCAACCUCAAGAUCAAGCAGGCGCUUCCCGAGACCGCAGCCCUGGUCAGUUCAAGCGACCUGGGCCGGCUCGGCGGCAAGAUCAAGUCUGAACAGCCCAACAGCAGUCUGUACACGUACGAGGCGGCUCUGACGAUGCAGGCUGGGGCGGGCGAGAAGGAAUUGGCUCUGAACCCCGAGCAGCUUUUGUUGCGAGGAGCAACCCUUCGGAACACCCCCUGGAUCCACGGCGUCGUGGUCUUUACCGGCCACGAGACGAAGCUCAUGCGCAAUGCAACAGCGGCACCGAUCAAGCGCACCAAGGUUGAGAAGCAGAUGAAUGUGCUUGUCUUGUUGCUCGUCGGUACUCUGCUGGUCCUCAGCGUUGUCUGUACUGUUGGUGACCUCGUUAUGCGGAGCGUGCAGCGCAACUCCCUUGUCUACCUGGACCUGGACGACCUCAAUACGGUGGGCUUGGUCGCAAAACAGUUCGCCUCUGACAUGGUCACGUACUGGGUCUUGUUCUCUGCGCUGGUGCCCAUCUCUCUGUUCGUCACUGUGGAGCUGGUGAAAUACUGGCAUGGGAUUCUCAUCAACGACGAUUUGGACAUCUAUUACGACAAGACCGACACGCCUGCCAACUGCCGGACGUCAAGCUUGGUGGAGGAGCUCGGCAUGGUAGAGUACGUCUUCUCGGACAAGACAGGCACCUUGACCUGCAAUAUCAUGGAGUUCAAGCAGUGCUCAAUUGGCGGCAUCAUGUAUGCGGACGAUGUACCCGAGGACCGAAGAGCCACCAUCGAGGAUGGUGUCGAGGUUGGCAUCCACGACUUCAACAGACUCCGCGACAACACGACAUCGCACGAGACGGCACCGAUCAUCCAACAUUUCCUGGCACUGCUCGCGACCUGCCAUACUGUCAUCCCGGAGCGCAACAGUUCAGGCAAGAUCAAGUACCAGGCUGCGUCACCUGACGAGGGCGCCCUUGUCGAGGGUGCUGCGAUGCUUGGGUACAAAUUCACCGCACGCAAGCCUCACGCCGUCAUCAUCGAGGUGGGAGGAAAGGAGUUUGAGUACCAGCUGCUCGCCGUAUGCGAGUUCAACUCGACGAGGAAGAGGAUGUCUACGAUCUACCGCUGCCCAGACGGCAAAAUACGGUGUUACUGCAAAGGCGCUGACACGGUCAUCCUGGAGCGGCUCAGUGACCAGAAUCCCCACGUCGAGGCGACGUUGAGACAUCUCGAGGACUAUGCGUCGGAGGGUCUGCGGACUCUCUGCCUGGCCAUGAGGGAGAUUCCCGAGCAAGAAUUCCAGGAAUGGUAUUCCAUUUUCGACAAGGCAUCCACGACUGUCGGUGGCAACCGUGCCGAGGAGCUGGACAAGGCGUCCGAGUUAAUCGAGAAGGACUUCUACCUCUUGGGCGCUACGGCCAUCGAGGAUCGUCUCCAAGAUGGCGUCCCCGAGACAAUUCACACGCUGCAGCAGGCCGGGAUCAAGGUCUGGGUUCUGACGGGUGAUCGGCAGGAGACGGCCAUCAACAUCGGCAUGAGCUGCAAGCUUCUCAGCGAGGACAUGAUGCUGCUGAUUGUCAACGAAGAGACGGCGGCCGCCACCAGAGACAAUAUACAAAAGAAGAUUGACGCGAUCCGGACGCAAGGCGAUGGGACGAUCGAGACGGAGACGCUGGCACUAAUCAUCGACGGCAAAUCGUUGACGUACGCGCUCGAGAAGGACAUGGAAAAGAUGUUUUUGGAGCUGGCCGUCAUGUGCAAGGCCGUCAUCUGCUGUCGUGUCUCGCCGCUGCAGAAGGCGCUUGUCGUGAAGCUGGUCAAGAAGCAUCGGAAACAGUCGAUCCUCCUCGCUAUCGGCGACGGUGCGAACGACGUCUCCAUGAUCCAGGCUGCGCACAUAGGCGUGGGCAUCAGCGGUCUGGAAGGCCUGCAGGCUGCUCGCAGUGCAGAUGUAUCGAUCGGACAGUUCAAGUACCUGCGCAAGCUGUUGCUCGUGCAUGGGGCGUGGAGUUAUCACAGGGUCAGCAAGACGAUCUUGUUCUCGUUCUACAAGAACAUUACCCUGUACCUGACGCAGUUCUGGUACACCUUCCAAAAUGUCUUCUCCGGCCAGAUCAUCUAUGAAUCCUGGACACUGUCCCUGUACAAUGUCAUCUUCACCGUCCUGCCACCUCUCGCGAUGGGAAUUCUCGACCAAUUCGUAUCCGCGCGUCUCCUCGACCGCUAUCCUCAGCUGUACUCUCUAGGACAGACGAAUCAGUUCUUCCGACUGCGCGUCUUCAUCGCCUGGAUCGCUAACGCGGUCUACCACUCGCUCAUGAUCUACGUCUGGGGCGAGCUGCUAUGGCCAUGGGAUCUCGUGCAGGGCGACGGCAAAACGGCCGGCCACUGGGUCUGGGGCACGGCCAUGUACGGCGCGGUCUUGCUCACGGUUCUCGGCAAGGCAGGGCUCAUCACGAACAACUGGACCAAGUACCACGUCAUUGCGAUCCCGGGCUCCAUGGGGCUGUUCCUCGCGUUCAUCGCCGCGUACGGAACGGUGGGGCCCCUUAUUGGGAUUUCUGAGGAGUACCACGGCCUGGUGCCACGUCUGUUCUCGUCGCCUAUCUUUUGGCUGCAGAUGUUGGCGCUGCCGGUGCUCUGCCUGGCCAGGGAUGUUGCGUGGAAGUAUUCCAAGAGGAUGUAUCGCCCACAGACGUAUCACCACAUUCAGGAAAUUCAGAAGUACAACAUUCAAGAUUAUAGACCUCGCAUGGAACAAUUCCAGAAAGCAAUUCGCAAGGUCCGUCAGGUACAGCGUAUGCGCAAGCAGAGAGGCUAUGCCUUCUCGCAGGCAGAUGAAUCACAAACGCGCGUGCUUCAGGCCUACGACACGACGCAGAAUAGAGGCAGGUAUGGAGAGAUGGCGUCUUCGAGGCCGCAGGGUCAAGCUGGAGGACAAGUGUGGUGAUAGCAGAGAAAGAAACGAUCAAACAACACAACGACACAACACACAACAAAUAACGAAAGAAAAAAAAAAACCCCUUGAUAGCAUGUCGGGCUUAUUUUGUUUUCUUAUUAAUGUACACCAAAUAUGAUGGAUGAACCAACAACGGCUGGUAUGGUCUUGCGUCAGGUUGUUUUUUUUUUUUCACCGCGAGGGCCAAAAGGGGUGUUCGGUUGGAACAAGGAGUUUCCUCGCUGACUUGAGAGAAAGCAGGCAAAAUGAUUUGUCUUUUCUUUUUUUUUUCGGCUGAUCUUUAUUUCUUCUUCCUUUCCAUCGACUGCCAGAGUGAUGAGUUUUUUUUAAGUUUUUUUUUUUUUCUUUUUUUUCUUUUUCGUUGCACGAGCCAAAGAAUAUUUUGGAGACGACGACAGAGAUAUGGGCCCUCGCUCCAGCAUAUUAGCUCAUCGUGUGGUGAUUGUUUCCGUGUGAGGUGGACUCCACAUGAAGAAUUCAUACCAUUCAUUACCAG